GAAAACUUGAUUGGAUGAAACCCCUUCACGUUCUAGCUGAAGGAAAGCGUGACCAGCGGCUAUAAAAAGUUAAAGUGAAUCGGACAGGUAGAAGAACACGAGAAGGAAACGAGGCUGUGCGAACAUCUGAUCCAGCAUUGGAAAUUCAAGCAUUCCCAUCAGAGUAUAUAAGAGUGAGGCAGCUAUCAGGGGGCACCACCGAGAGUUUUUCGCCGUUGUUUUGGACCUGAGAGGACACCCAGUUGACAGAGAACCAGCAUGUCCCUCACGUCCAUCCUCGCAGCUGAAGACAUUGAAAAUGCAGUGAAAGACUGCCAAGCUCCGGACUCAUUCUGCUACAAGAAGUUCUUCGCUCAAUGCGGCCUCUCCUCCAAGACGCCUGAGGAGGUCCAGAAUGUCUUCCGGAUCCUCGAUGAGGACAACAGCGGUUUCGUAGAGGAGUCGGAGCUCAAGUUUUUCCUGCAAAGGUUCGUCCCCGGAGCGAGAACAUUGACCGAGGCUGAAACCAAAAGCUUCAUGUCAGCAGCGGAUGACGACAGCGAUGGCAGGAUCGGCGCAGUGGAGUUCCAAAUGAUGGUCCUGUCCUGAGUUCCUGCAUGUGGAUCUCUUCAGUUCUUGCUUCCAAUUCAUUGAUUUUUUUUUUUUUUUUUUUUAAUUUAGUUGGCUUGUAUUUUAGUCAAUAUUCUAUGUUUAAAUGUCUGCCCCUCCCCCAUUAAUAGACAAUAAUUAUUAAA